AUGUUUCGCAAGGUGGAAGUGAAUAUACCUUUGUUGGAUGCAAUUAAGCAAGUGCCAAGGUAUGCAAAAUUUCUUAAAGAGCUAUGCACCAAUAAGCAGAAGUUGAAUGGUGAUGAGAAGAUAAUAAUGGGAGAAAAUGUGUCAGCAGUUUUCCAAAGAAAGCUUCCUCCCAAAUGCAAGGAUCCAGGUAUGUUCACAAUUCCUUGUAAGAUUGGUAACACCAGAAUUGAGAGAGCUAUGUUAGAUUUAGGAGUUUCGAUUAAUGUUAUGCCAAGAUCUAUUUAUGCUUCAUUAAAUCUACGUCACGUGAAAGAUAUUGGUGUUAUUAUUCAAUUGGCUGAUUGCACUAAUGCAUACCUUGAAGGGGUAGUUGAAGAUGUUCUUGUUCAAGUCAAUGAGUUAGUGUUUCUGGCUGAUUUUUACAUUUUGGAUAUGGAUGAUUCUUCGUCUCUUGACCCUGCACCUAUCUUACUAGGAAGACCAUUCCUAAAUAUAGCUUGGACAAAAAUAGAUGUUCAUGAUGGUACCCUCACGAUUGAAUUUGAUGGUGAAUCUAUUUUUGCUAUUGAUGUUGUUGAUCCUGUUGAUUCCAUAGUACAAGAGAUCUUUGAGUUAAAUAAUGCAGAUGAGUUAGAGGUUGCCCUUCUCAAACAUGUGGAAUCAAAGGAGAAAGGAGAGAUAGAGCUCAGUGAAGAAUUGAAGGAGACAGUGGCAACUUUACGUUCUUUAAAACCGAUUCCAGAAAGGUAUGGAGUUUCUUUUAUAAAGCUGCCUGAUUCUCACAAGAAAUUAUUGCCUUCUGUUUUGCAGGCCCCUACAUUGGAAUUGAAGCUAUUACUGGGCCAUUUGAAGUAUGUGUACUUGGGAGAGAAUGAGUCACUGCUGGUAAUUGUGUCGAACAAGUUAACACCCAAUCAAGAAGAGAAACCGGUUCAAAUGUUGCGGGAGGAUAAGGAAGCGAUUGGUUGGACCAUAGUUGACAUUAAGGGGAUUAGUCCUUCCAUAUGCAUGCAUCUGAUUUUGCUUGAAGAAGGUGCCAAACUGACACAGGAACGCAACGUAGAUUAA